CCGCCCGCGGCGCCCAGCGCCCCGCCGCCAGGUGAGCCGGCCACUGGGCAGGAGGAGGGAGAGGGGAGGAAAGGAGCACAGCUGGUCGGCCAGCCAACUGGGCGGCCGCGGAGGCUACUAGCUGGGGUCGCGGCGACCACGCCCCCAGCCCCCGGGCCGCACCCAGGCCGACCUCCGCGUGCGGGGUACCCGCAGCGUGGUCUUUCUCCUGCCUUUGCCCAAAUCCCCGGAACGAGGCGCUGGUCCCCGCCCUGGCCAGCAGGCGGCGAACCGAGGGCCGGGCGGCCAGAGUCGGGCAGGCUUCUCCCGGGCACUCUCUCCACGCCCCCUUCUGCGACCCAAACCCCGUGCGACCUGGAGCCUGGGCUCCGCCCUCGCUGAGCCACCACCCGCCUGGAACUGUUCCGCGGACGGGAAGCCCAUUUUACUGAAGAGCCCACUGAGGCUCAAGAGAGCCGUGCGGACUUGGAACCUACUUCGGCCCCUUAGGGUCGAUUCGGCCUGGAGCCCUACCCCUUCCCAGGUGCCUCGCGGCCCCUCACCUGCCCAGCCGCACCCGCUCACUGCCUCUGUCUCCCCCAUCAGCGCACCCCCGGACGCUAUGGCCCACCCCUUCGGCUGGCCCCGCGUGUAGGAUGGUAGCACACAACCAGGUGGCAGCCGACAAUGCAAUCUCCACGGCAGCAGAACCCCGACGGUGGCCAGAGCCUUCCUCCUCCUCCUCCGCACCCGUGGCCCCGGCGCGCCCGCGGCCCUGCCCGGCGGCCCCGGCCCCGGCCCCGGCCCCGGCCCUGGCACCGGCCCCGGGCGACACACACUUCCGCACGUUCCGCUCGCACGCUGAGUACCGGCUCAUCACGCGCGCCAGCGCCCUCCUCGACGCCUGCGGCUUCUACUGGGGACCCCUGAGCGUGCACGGGGCGCACGAGCGGCUGCGCUCGGAACCCGUGGGCACCUUUCUGGUGCGCGACAGCCGCCAACGGAACUGCUUCUUCGCCCUCAGCGUGAAGAUGGCCUCGGGCCCCACUAGCAUCCGCGUGCACUUCCAGGCCGGCCGCUUCCACCUGGACGGCAGCCGCGAGAGCUUCGACUGCCUCUUCGAGCUGCUGGAGCACUACGUGGCGGCGCCGCGCCGCUUGUUGGGGGCCCCGCUGCGCCAGCGCCGCGUGCGGCCACUGCAGGAGCUGUGCCGUCAGCGUAUCGUGGCCACCGUGGGCCGUGAGAACCUGGCGCGCAUCCCCCUCAACCCUGUCCUCCGGGACUACCUGAGCUCCUUCCCCUUCCAGAUCUAACUGGCCGCGCCCGCCCAGCACGCAGCAUUAACUGGGGCGCUUUGUCAUUAUUUUUCUAUUAUUAAUUAUUAUUAUUUGCCUGGAACUACAUGGGUGCCCUCCCCGCCUGGGCUGGAGGGAGCGGGUGUGGGGGGCGAGGCACCACCCGCUCUCUGCUGGAGUUGAGGCCACAGCCCCCUCCCCACCUGUUGGGGGGCGCGCCCCUCCUGGUGCUCCCUCUGGGUCCCCCUGGUUGUUGUAGCAACUUAACUUAACUGUAUAUGGGGCCAGGACCUGAACUCGAUCCUCCUACCUCUUCAUGUUUACAUAUACCCAGUAUCUUUGCACAAACCAGGGGUUGGGGAGGGUCUCUGGCUUGAUUUUUCUGCUGUGCAGAAUCCUAUUUUAUAUUUUUUACAACCAGUAAUAAACUUUAUUAUGAAAGUUUUUUUUUUUUAAGGAAAAAAGGUUUCUAGAGCGUGUGCUUUGGUCCCAGGUUUUCUUUGUUCUGGAAGGACUUGGGGGGCAAAGGGUCCUAAGACUGACCUGCUGAGCUGGAGGUGGAGGUGGCUCGUGUUUUGUGGCUCUGAGCCUUGCUGGGUUCCACACACAACCUGGGGGACAAGGCAGUGGUCUCCUUUUGGUGCCUUGGUGGUGUGUGUGUCUGGUGAAGUAGCAGCUCAUGUUGGAGCACUUCGCAUGCCAGGCCCUGUUCUGUGCUUUACAUGCUUAAGAUUACUUAACCCCGUUACAGAAGAGAAAACUGAGGCACGGGUAAAUUUGCCUGUGGUCACCCUUGUGUCAAAGAAGGCACUUGGGCUUUUCUGGCUGUUCACCAAGAAAUCUGUUUGAAAUGGAUGACAGAGAGGAAACUACUUUCUUUCUAUGGCCCCAACAACUUCCAGGAAGAGGGUGGGGGUUUGAUGAGUUUUUGGAAGGAGUCACACAUUCUGAAGCUCCUGCAUCAAGGGAGACAUUUCAGAUGGGAUGGGGAUGCAGGGUUGGGUCUGACUUCCUCCUUCCCACCCUGUUCUGUCUUGUGUACUUUUUGGUGAAUGUAAAACUUGCAGUGAGAAAGAGGCUCUGUGGUCUGUGGUGGUAGGAGGGUGCUGCUGGUGGCUUUGGGCAAUUCCCUUUGCCUUUCUGGGCCUCAGCUUCUACCUCAAAAAUGGGCUGCCUGGAGGAGGUGGUGCAUGGUGGAGGAGGUGACGUUCUCAGGAGUUGGGGAAGGCCGCUCCAAGAUGCUGGUGGAGCUGGCCUAGAGCGCCAGAAAGUGCCCGGGACACAGGUUUUACAGCGGCCCGCCUGACAGAUGGGCAGUGCUGGGAACUUGGAGGCUGCACUGCCUCACACGGUGAAUUGAAUCAUUUUCAGGUUUGGGGUUAAGCAGCCUGGAGGACACUUCACGCUUCAUUUUUAAAAGUUAAAAUGGCUCUCUGCAGCCUUGGACACGCUUAUAAUUGAGUGUCCUAAUACUUAAUAACACCUUUCAGACUUGAAAGUGCAGCAUAAAAUUAAUUUGAUGCUGGAGAGCUGGAGCGCCAGGUUUUCCUUGGGGAUUAAAUAGGCUCCAUUCCUCAAGGUUAAGGAUUUAAGAGAUUUAGGAUCUCAGAGAGCUUCAGCCAUUUCAUCCUUGCAUAAGGUAGGGCUGGAGGGAAGGAGGUUAUGUCUUGUCUCUGUGGCUCCAAGGAGAUGCUGUUUUUUUCUUUUCUUUUUUCAAAUCGCCCCCCUGCCCUUUGUUCUGUGCUGUCCUGGUAAGAAUUAAAUCCUGUCCUUGUUCUGACUUUCCUGUCUCCUACGCCCUUGGGCAGUGCCCAGAGACAUGGAGCAAUCCCAGAAGGCAAUGCUUGGGGAUCUGGUUAUAAUGAUAAUUAACAGCCACACUGUGUGAUUUUACAGAUGGGAAAACAGAGGCUCAGAGAGGCUCAAAGCAAGUUUGGCUCAAAGCAAGUGGCAGAGUCAGAUUUUUAAACCCAGACAUUAUCAAUGCAGAGCCUGUGUGCCACUAGGCAACACAACCUCCCACGAGAGCCCAACAGUUGCAAUAAUACCAGCAGCAGCUAACAUUUAUGUAACACUUCCCAGUGCCCUAAACCCAUUGCUGUUGAGUCGAUUCCAACUCAUAGCUACCCUACAGGACAGAGUAGAACUAUCCCAUAGGGUUUCCCAGGCUGUAAACCUUUACAGUGGCAGACCCACAUUUUUCUCCCAUGGAGUGGCCAGUGGAUUCAAACCACCAACCGUUCAGUUUGCAGCCAGAUGCUCAACCACUGUACCACCAGAGCUCUCUCCAAGUGCCCUAGUUACCUAUCUUAACCACCCGAGCCCUAUGGUUUAAGUCCUGUCAACAUCCUCAUUUUACAGAUGAGGAAACAUGGCCUCAUCUAAAAAAGGAUGAAUUUGCCAAGGAAAAGGCACAGUAGGUAGUUUACAGUAUACUAAAGGUUUUUUUUUUUCCUCCUUUUAAAAGUUAUAUUUUCGUUCCACAAGUGUUAGAUACACAAGCCCAUUCCCCUUAUAAAACCCGGAGAAAGGCCCUUCCGACCACGUUUCCCAGAGUUGGCCCCUUCUCCCUCCAUGUAUUCUUUUUUAAAAGUCUAUACUAACAUUGGAAACCCUGGUGGUGUAGUGGUUAAGAGCUCCAGCUGCUAACCAAAAGGUUGGCAGUUCAGAUCCACCAGGCACUCAGUUCUACUUUGUCCUAUAGGGUCACUAUGAGUUGGAAUCGACCCUACGGCAGCGGGUCAGGUUUUUUAUACUAACAUACCUACGGUGACCUAAAAGUCCCCGAGUGCACUCCAGGUGCCUGGGGGGCUGAAGUCUUCUGUACGGCCCAGCGCAGGCACCAUUGCAGAGGAAAAGGCUGGGCUGGGGGUGGCAUGUGGCUUCCCGGGGUGUGCAGAUUCUCUAUCUCUCUCAAACCUCAGCUUCAUGAUUCAGCAGUGCUGACGUCAAUUUACAAGAAUGAAAAGUGAGAGGAGGGUUUGUGUGUGUGAGGGCUGGAGUGGGGGCCCAGGUGCAGCCGGGGCAUCCCCCCUGUAGGAGCGGGGGAGCCGGGGCCGCGCAGGGUGUGCAGAAUGAGGAGGAGGUCUGUGUGCCAGGUGUGGGGAUAGGCUCUGACAGGAUCACAGUGGCCCCUGAACUGGGGACUCUGAUCCCCAUUUCGCAGAUGAGGAGAUAGAAGCUCAGAGAAGUGCAGUCACUUGCUCAAGGUCACACAACCCAAAAGCGACGGCCAGGAUUCCCACCAGGGCCAUCUCACUCUAUACGCCAGGCCAGGGUUCCUCCAAGUGGGGGAAUCUUGUGAAAACGCAUAUUCCCAGGCCUCACACCUCCCUUGAUUCUCCCAACCUUGUGGGUAGGUACUGUUAUCCCACAGCCAGGGAGUGGAGAGCUGGAAUUGGAACUUGCAACCUGGCCUUAGAGCCUCUUCUAUGAGGUAAUGAAGGUAAAAUACCUGCAAGACCCUGGUCUGCAGCAGGUGCUCAAUGCAUGUCUGAAUAAUGAGGUGCUGAAUAGAUGACAGUGGGCUCACGUAAACAUUGACUGAGUACCUACUAUGUUCCAGGCACUAUUUAAGGCCAAGAGAUACAGGAAUGAACCAAAUAGAGGGAGUCCGGAGUUCACGUUCAGGGCCUCAGACAAUUAAAUAGUAAAUUGAAGGAACACUACUGGCAGUGACAGAGCUCAGUGAAAAUGCAAUGGGGUGGUUCGACAGUGGGUGGGGCCAUUUCAGAAGGAAAGGCGAGGAAGGCUCCCCUGAAGUGACACAGGCUGCUGUGCCUGGAGUGACAGGAAGGGGAAGAGGGAGGCGUUUAUUACAGGCAGAGGGGACAGCAGGCACAAAAGCCCUCAGCUGGGAGCAAGUUCAGCCCAUUCGCUGGGGAGUGAAGGUGGAGUGGCUGGAGAUGAGAUGGAAGGGUGGGCAGGGCCACAGCAGACCCUGUACGCCAUGGUGAGGAGUGUGGAUCUGAAGUGUGAUGGGAGCCCUGGGGAGGGGAAACUGCACUGUGAUGAGAUCCCUCUGGCUGCUGGGUGGAGAAGAACUGAGGCAGGGAGAACUGGUGAGGUGGGCUUUGGUUUUCCUGCCUUAUUACAUGUUUAUUUGAAGAUGGGGGGCGUGAAGUGGUUCAUUCCAGCCAAUCAGGCCAAUGGCAAGGGAGGGACAGGCACAGGACCUGCCUGGUGGAAUGCAGGGACCGAGUGUGGUCCAGGCCUGGAAUGGCCAGCCUUGGUGCAAGCAUUUAUCAGAAACCCCAAGUAUGACUAGAUGCAAGCUUGGGUUGAACGGGGUCCUAGGGUAUGGCCCACAGGCCCCAGGGAGGAGCUUCCUGGGACAAUGGUCACCUAUACAGGGCAGAGAGAAGGUGAGGAAGAGCACACAGGAUCUAAAAGGAGGUGGAUGUAGUCAGUGACACCUGAUGCCUGCUUUGCAUCCUCCUGAUCUGCCCCUCCUGCCCCCUACCUGCCCUCCCACUGCCAUCACCCAGGGAUCUCCAGGGGCUAGGCUUCCAGGGGGAAUAACAUGGUGGGCGUGGCUUGAUUUUGGGAGUCUCAAGUUUCCUCAGAGAGGAGUGCGUUUUUUCACCAAAGCAAAUUCCAGCGGGACCAAUGGGUCCAAAGUUGGUCUUCAGACUGCUCCUCCUACCCUGGUCAUGACCCUGGGACUUAAUAGAGAACCAUCAAGGAAAGCUGGGAUUCCAGGUUCUCCAAGUGCCUGGUCCCAAUACAAGCCCCCCCCCCCCACCCGGGUCGGGCAUCGCGAAGCCCCAGCCUUUCAAUGACACCCUACUUCUCUCAGAAGGCCCACCUCCCAACGGGUCCCACGAGGCCUUCAAGUGGCCUCUGCCCACGGGUCUGGCCUUAGAACUCACCACUCCCCUUCCAGCCACUGGGCCUUUGCGCGCGCUGUCCUCUCGCUUCAUGCCUCCUCUUUGGUGAUUCCCAGCCGGUUGCAGGGCAGUGUGCCAGUUCUAGUGGAGUCUGGGUCAGGGGCCCCACCGAGAGGCCGUCGCCCCCGCCCGAGAGUCCCCACCGCUCCGGUCCUCCAGCACCACGUGCCGCGCUCUGAUGACGCCAUGGCGCCACCCUCCCCAGCAGCCACCACCGACCCUCUGGAAGUGAGCUCAGUUCCUGGGUUUUUGUCGCCCCCGCAGGGUCCUAACACCGCCAAAUGCGUGCUGCCCCUUGUCUUAUCUGCGGACUCUCCGGGAGUCUUCAAAGUCUCCGAGGCCCAAGGAGGGCGUGUCGCGUGGGCAUGCCAGUUGAAGACCAUCACAGCGGAUCUCCCUCCACCUGCUGAGUUCUCAGAGAGCAAAAAGCGUUCCCAUCCCCUUCUAGUCCACCACACAGAGCCCUGCCUGACCCCCAACUCACAGCCCUUAGGUCCUGAGCCUCUUUUCUUCCUCUGGAAGUGGGGCACAAACCACAUGGGCGAAGAUCUCGUGGAAGAACGCCCAUAAAAUACUUAAUACGGGAUCCAAAAAAAAAAAAAAAAACCCAAACCCGUUGCUGUCCAGUCAAUCCCGACUCAUGGCAGCCCCAUGUGUUACAGAGUACACUGAGCUCUAUAGGGUUUUCUUGGCUAUAAUCUUUAUGAAGGCAGAUCUCCAGGCCUUUCUUCCUCGAUGCUGCUGGGUGGUUCGAACUGCCAAUCUUUCAGUUAGUAGCUGAGAGCAAACCACUUGCACCACCCAGGAACCUUAAUAUGGGAUAGAUGUCCAGUAAUUGGCAUUGCCCUCUCUGCUUCUUGAUGACUCUGGCAUUGCUGCUGUUUUAAAAUAAUGGUACUUAUUGCACACCUAAUGGGCACUAGAUACUUUGCCUAGGUUACCUUGUGAGGAAACUAAGGCUCAGAAAGGUGAGGAAUUGACUCCAUUGCAUUCUGUAAAUAGCAGAAACAGAGUUUGACCCUGGGUACGACUGACAGCCAAGCUCACGCUCUUACACACUGCAGUGCCAGCUUAAGGGUUCACGGGUUUGUUUGUUUCUGACACCAAAGACCACCUAAAGGAUGUGUGAAGCCACAGAAUCAGCCAGGUCCUUUCUCCACAGGACAGCCUGGGAAGCUGAGAGAGGCCCUGGGCUUAUCUGAAAGACUGUUUUAGAACGCAGUCUUGCAGAGCACCCAGGGCUGCUUGGUCAGAAGGGACCCUGGAGAAGUGGCUCUGGGGCAGCCAGGAGCCCUGGCAGCUGGUGGGGGGCUGUGAAUGCAAAUGAGGAUGGGUAGGGACACGGAUGGUAUGAGCCAGAAAGCUGGAUCCUGUGCAAGAGCAGGGCUGGGAGGGUGACAUUCAGGGGUGGCCCCACCUGGGGACCUACAGGGACCUGUGCCUUGAGACAGACUCCCUCCUCUCACAUGUGGAUCCACCUGGGAGGGGCAGCCAGAGGCAGGAUGAACAAGGGGAGGGGGACAAGACCUGGACAAAUCAGCCUUGGAGGGCCCUUCCCUACCGACAUUUCACUCUGGGUAGCAGCAUGCAGGAGGAGAAAGAGCUGGAAUCUGGUACGUGGGUUCAAGCCUCACUGCAACAAUGCAGCCUUAGUGGUUUCAUUCAUAAAACAGGGAUUAUACUCAAUUAUAGAGCCCUGGUGGUGCAGUGGUUAACAGUUCAGCUGCUAACCAAAAAGUCAGCAGUUCGAAUUCACCAGCCACUCCUUGGAAACCCUAUGGGGCAGUUCUACUCUGUCCUACAGGGUUGCUAGGAGCCAGAAUG